AUGUUUAACCGACAGACGAGCCUGUGGAUGGGUGAUUUGGACCCGUACAUGGACGAGACCUUCAUCAAGCAGGCCUUCAGUGCCAUGGGAGAAUCCCCUUUUGGAGUCAAGAUCAUAACUCACCGGAUAACUGGAGGUUCAGCAGGAUACUGCUUUGUGGAGCUGGCAGACGAAGCCAGCGUCGACCGCUGUGUCCAGAGGCUCAACGGGAAACUGGUGCCUGGAUCGAACCCGCCCCGCAAGUUUAAGCUAAACUAUGCCACCUACGGAAAGCGGCCCGAGGCCGGGCCCGAGUUCUCUGUGUUUGUGGGCGACUUGGCCUCCGAGGUGGACGACUUCCAACUGCAUCAAGUUUUCAAGAAGUACCUUUCCUGCAAGGGAGCCAAAGUAGUAACGGACCAGUAUGGAUACUCCAGAGGCUAUGGCUUCGUCAAGUUCGGGGACGAGGGCGAGCAGAAGAAGGCCAUCGAGGAGUGCCAGGGCACCAUGCUGGGGGGCAAGCCGCUCCGACUCAGCAUCGCUGUGGCAAAGAGCCAGAAGAUGAGCAACUACCACGGGGGCCAGGGCCAGAAUUACCACAGCAACUACAACCAGUCCCAGUCCAGUUACUACGGCAACCAGGGCAACGGGAGUCAGGGGGCUUACUACCCUCAGUGGGGCGGCUACGACCAGUACGGCGGCUACAACAGCGGCUAUGGCAGCGCCUACGGCAGUGGCUACAACUACGGCCCCUAUGGGUACCCCCCACCAGGCAACGCGGUGCCUCCACCCCCCAUGGGAAUGCCUCCCACUGACAUGUCGGGUGCUACGGAGCAGAAUCAAGACGAGGGAGCUGAGGUAGACGAGGACAAUUCAGAAGAACCCAUCCCCGAGUGUGACGUGGAGCAGUGGAACAAAGACUUCAUGCAGCGGAGCGAGGAGCUCUACGACGCCAUGAUGAGCUGCCACUGGGAACCGCUGGACUCUGUUAACUCCCCCAUCCCCUCCCUCUCCUGAUGCAUCUCCUUCUGUCCCGUGAUGUAAUCCCCCAUGGACACCUUGUGGAUGGGCCAGUUCAGCACACACACAGAUGUUCCUCUUCAUGUAUCAGAAAGUACGAUUAACUAUUCACGUGAUUUUAAUGUUUACCAUGUUGGUAAUAUUCAAAGGUUGCCCAAUAUGCAGUGUAGUGCACACUGCAACUGUACGAGCCAGAGUUCAAGUUUUUCUAUGAGGUGCUGAAGUUCUCCAACAAUUUGCCAUUUAAAGAUGUCACUGAAACAUACUCAUUUCCUAAAUGGUGACGCUAGAAGAGGUAAAACAUUGCCUUAACUAAACUUUGCCCUGCAGUUCCUGCUCCUCUAAGGGUCAUUAAGUUGACCUAGUUUAUAUGGGAUGUCUUUCUUAUUUUUAUUUUUUUUAAUGAAGGAUUUUUUUCUUUCUUUCUGUUACAUGAAGUUAAAGAUGUAGAGUAUGGAAAGAUGAUCACGCUGAGCUCAACAGUAAUAAUCCAUACCAAAUGUAACUUAUCAACAUUGCCGGACAACCACCUCAAUGUCUUGUUUAAUGGGUGGAUUGCUGCAACCUCAGAGUGCUUUUGAGCACUGAAACCGCUGCUUGGAUGUCCAGGCAGCUUUUAUUUCCUGCUCUUUGAUGGCUGAUGCUUUGUAUAUAUUUUUUUUGUGAAGACAUUUUAUCAAUAAAAUGUAGGUAGAAAUUUG